AUGCGGAUGCUGACGAUGAACUCGAUACUAGAAGACAGUGAACGUCGACGACAAGAUGAUACGUCCCAUGUACUGCGUAGUCCCUUAGCCAAUCAUAAUGAGAAUGACGACGAUGACGACGUUGUCCAUGAGCUGGAGCAUGUACCCGACGGGUUUCCGAGUCCACCAGCGCGUGUACGACCACGUCGCCGUUUUGUGAAUUCAGGUCAAACCACAUAUGAACUUUCAUUCUCAAGACGCCCAGCUAAUGGACGACGAAGAGCAGAAGGAGAGGCAGCAGCUGUCAAGGUUCAAUCCAAUGGACAAGACGAGUAUCGCCCAAUCCCGGCUGUAUCCUCGCUCUCGAGUGUUUUAAGUGAAGUUAUGACGGGCAAGACCAAAGCACUUAAUAACAUCAUUGAUACGACAUUACCACAACCAAAUGUGACGUACAAGGUGGAACAGGCAGCGGAUGGGACAUUGUACGUGGCGGCAUCCGAUGGUAAUAAGUACUUUGCAAACUCAACCAUUGGACAGAUUUUCCUCAAGUCUGCGUCGAAUCAUAAUGGAUCCAAAGAAUAUCGAGGUGAGUUUGAUAAUAGACGACCAGAUGGAUCGCAGCAACAGCAGCAGCAGCUGUCUACGAGACAAGCAGACUGUGUUGGUAUAGAAAACAUGACUACUAUGAGCAAAUUUUCGACGGAUGUGAGUGAUAAAAAAAGUGAUGGUGACGUCAAGAAGACGGUGCUGGGAUAUAAGGAAUUUCAAAGCGGGAUGAGAAAGGAGGAGAAGAAGGAGUCAAUGACCGACUUGAAGACACUGCAGGAGCAGAAUCGCUGUACCGGCGCAGCAGAUUUAGGCUCCACGGACGCUAACGCUCACCAAGCGAGCAAUACGCUGGAACCGACAAAACAUGUCUCACAGAAGAAAAAAAUUCGUGGCGACACAAGCUGGAUUGUGCGUCCGGCAAACAGUGACGCGCAAGAACCAGAAUUGUCUGAACCUACGGAAGUCGUACUUCUUGACUCGAAUGACAUGCAGACCGCUCAUCAGGCGAAACCAGACUUGCUUACAGGCUUGGCAACUGCCACCAACGACAGUGAAGUUAGUGACAGUGGCCCUCACGUCGGUAGUUCUACCAGUUCCACAGACCUUAUCGGGGCGCCGACCAAAACGCCAACUCAACUUCAACCGAAGAAAGAUUUACCAUCGGCCUUAGAUGCGUAUGACGAGGACGACAACCCGUUGUGUCGGUCGUUCCAGAACGUACGUAACGUGGAUUCGACGCAGUCCAUGUCAGAUGAGCUUGAAGAUGAUCAGGAGGAUGAGCAUGGUCACGACGAAGAGCAUGAAAACGCAGCGACGACUGCAAAUGACGAUUCAUUGGAUGUCAAUUCGCCUGUGUUGUCAAGUGCAAUUAACGUGGCGGCGUUUGUUGGUGGCUUCAAGGGUCAACUUGUUCGACGAUCUGGUGCAAGCGGCUUGGUGAACCGCAAGCGGGCUGUGCGGCAUGCGCGCCUUACAGUAGAAGAGCAGAAGGCAGCAGACAUCGCGCGAAAAAUUCGUGAAGCUCGCAGUCGUAUUCCGUUCGAGUUCAGGGACGAGAAUAUGUCUCCCGCAGCAAAAGAUGAGCUUCAGAAGAAGAAGAUUAGGCUUGCUCGCGGUCGGCGUGUUGACUUCAACCCAGACGUGUUAUGCCGCGAGUUUGAAGUUGAGUCGGAGGAUGAGGACGACGGCUAUGAUAGUCCAGAUGAAAUCGUGGAUGCUGUCCAGUUAGUGAGUAAGCGCGAUGUGUUCCGUGCCGAGGACGUGGUUGCAGCAUUCCCGAUGGAGCAACCGGAGCUACCAUCAGAGGAAAUGGCGGGGGCAAUUAUUUACGGCAAUGAAGCUGAUUCACCAGUAAAUGCUGAAGGGUACCAAAGUAUGCGAAACGAUCCAUUGACGUUUUCGCAACUUAACAACGAUAAGCGACUGUCGUUUUCCGAUCUUUGA